UCUGGUUCCAUUUAAAAUGUAUGAAUGCAUGUAUGUUUAUCAGAAAUGAUAUACAUACCUACUUAUUAAGCUAUCCUAGAAUACAAGAAUUCACUUUUCAUGGCUCAAUCACAAAGUCCGACACCCAUUUAGUGUGAAAGUUCUUUCAGCCGGCUAAGAACCCAGCUCAUUCAUUGAAUAUUAUGCAAAUCAGAUACUUUAUAAAUAAAUGGCUUAGUUUAUUAAACAAGAGAAAUUAGCAUACGAUACAAAUAUAAUACGAUCGUAAGACAAGACAAAUAAAUCUCAAAUGAGCUGUCUUAACGGGAGUUUGAAUGAUUCUUCUCUAUUGCCUUUUUUCAGUAUCCACAUAAAAGCAGUCACUGCGAUCUGAUUUUCGUUAGUUUACAGCAUGUCGUCGAAUCUGGAAGUUCGCUUUGCGAACUGGAUUAUUCUGCUGGUGGCACUACUGUCAGUUUCUGCCGAAAUCUUCGCCAAGGAUGAUGCCUCUGUGCCCCGUCUUAUCACCCUUCAAACUAGUAGUCCUGCUCCAGCCCCGCCACAGGAAGUGAUCAUAGAGGAGGAUCACGAUCAUCAUCAUCAUCAUCCGCCACACUACCAGCCAAGCUAUUCGUAUCCGUACCCGCAGCCGCAGCCCUGUCGUUGUCCGCCUGGUCCUCCAGGUCCUCCUGGUCCCCCUGGACAGCCUGGACAGAAGGGCUAUCCCGGCCCCAAGGGAUCCAAGGGUGAUCCCGGCGAGAAGGGGCCGCGAGGAGAUAAGGGACACCCAGGGAUGCCUGGAAUGCCUGGCCAGCCUGGUCCUCAGGGUCCUCCUGGUUAUCCAGGAGGUUCAUAUCCUUAUGGUGGAUAUCCCUAUCCUCCCCCUCCCCCUCCUCCUCCUUCACAUGAGCAUGGAGGCCCAAAAGGACACCAUAGGCACUACGAUCGCUACUAUGAUGAGGAGGACUAUGAUUACGGCAAUGAGCGUGCAUUUGGUCUAAUAAAACCCGAAGAAUUCGACGACCAACCCUUCAUUUUGGCCUUCAGUGAACGCAGAAAUCCGUUUAGCCCAAAAACCAAUAAAAGACGAAGUUAAAUUAAA